GACAUAAUAAUUUUGAAUAAUAAAAUAUUUUAUACUAAUUUUUUAGGUUUUUUUGCAAUAAAAUCUUGUAAAUAACUAUCAAUUAUUGUUUUAUUGUGCCUCUCGUUUGAACUUUACCCGCUAUGUCAGAAUCAUCAGUGCAGUGUACUGAGCCACCAACAAAUGUAGAGAAGUUAUGGCGUUAUGAUGAAUACUACAUAGGGGAGAGAGAUAAGGAGACAAGACGAGGGGGGGUAGGGGAGAACCACUGGACCAGUGCCAAGUCUAUAGAAUGGUACUCUGGCCAGUUCCUCCACGAUACGAUGCAUGGUCUUGGAGAAUACUUCUGGCGGUUCCGAGGACCUGAAGGCACUUUUAAUACGUACGAGGGCCACUUCUACGCUAACGAGAUGCAUGGAUACGGAGUCAUGUCCUAUGAUGAUGGACGGACUUUCACGGGCCUAUUCUUCAACAACAGCCGCUACGGUCCGGGCGUAGACCAUCACCCUGGUCUCCGCGACGACGCGGGGUUGUGGCGCGGGAAACAGCUGGUGCGGCUGGCGUGGCGGCCUCCAGCCAGGGCCGUGGUGCCAGACCUCGCCGCUACGGCUGAAGGCAGGGCGGUGUGUGAUGCGAGGCGAGUGAGGCUGGUGGCCGAGGCAGUCACGAUGGAAGGACCAAAUAGUGCUUUAAAUCUUCUUAAACGUAACGGAGUCGAUUCGGUAACAGCGGCAAACCGUUGGCCAGAGCUGUAUGCUAACACUUGUACAGAUAUACAAAGUAAGCUUUGCCAUAGAAAAGCUUUUAAAGAAGCUUAUUACGGCGAAAUGAUACAAUAUCUAAAGGUUGUUGAAGGAGCACCGAAAAAGGAUCCAACUUCGAAUGACGAUGAAAUUGUGGAGCCGGUGAUUUAUUUUGCGUGGAACAAUAAUCCCCAGAUGUUCCAUAUGAUGCAACACGCAUUCACUCAUGACUUCCAGAUAAGUCACUUCAAUUUGGAUAUUUCUCAUCUUCUAUCUGGUGAGAGAAAGAAGUUUAAGCCUCCUGGAGAUCACGAACUUGACUGCAGGACAUUACUGUUGGCUAGUUAUUUGGGAGACAUCUCUAUCGUGGCCGACAUGAUAAAUAAUAAACAGGUUCAUCCAGACCUUGCAGAUGUGCAGGGAAACACAGGUUUGAUGUAUGCUACAUGCGGCAAUCAAACAGACAUAAUGCAUUUUCUCAUAGAAGCUGGUGCCUCAAUAAACGGUUACAAUGACGCUUGUCUCACUCCACUAGGUGUAGCACUCAUGUUCUAUGUUGCAGUCUCAAAAGACGUACCUAUGGACCAGAUAGAAGAAGCAUUUGUGCCAUUAAUACCUGUAACGGAGCCGAAAGCAAUCGACUGGAACAUCACACGGCAGCAAGAAGUCUUCUUGACAAAGCCACAGAGUGCAACCAGCAUUCACACGAUGAACCGACAGAAGAGCUCGAGCAUCCGGCGCUCCUCCCAGGGAACCUUCAGGCCUCGCACCUCACAGGUGUCCAAGGCAUCAGUCAAGAGGAAAAGCAUAAAGAGAACACAAUCAGGACGACUGUCCUACGAUUCCGAGCUAUUCUUCCCAGAUGACCAUUACGGCUAUCUUUCAGUGUCCCACGAUUAUCAAACUAGAGUGCUCGAAGUGUUUCCAGACAGCAGCAAACCCAGAGAUAUAGCAAAAACUCCACGGCAGGCAUACAUAUUCGAUGAUCCAAUGGUCGAUGAUAUAAUUAAGGAUAAAGUCCAGAAAACAGGUGCAAAUAAAAUAGAAAACAAGAAAGCUACGAAAUCUGAAAAAUCUACCAGCAAAAGUAAAAAGAAAGAACCAAAAUCCAACCUAGAAGCAUCAAACAAAAGUGCAAAGGCAAAAUCUAAAGAAAUUAAACAGAUAACUGAGGAUGAGAGCAAAAUAAAGUUAAAAAAAGAAAUGUUAGACAAGAUAGAGUUAACAAUUCUGAAACUGCUACUGGACGGGGCGGAUCCUACCCUCGUCACAUGUCCUCAACCAGCGCUGGUCAUGGCCCUGGCUUCUGGAAGCACAGAACUAGUGCGAAGCCUGGUUAAUUUCGUUGAUGUCAAUGCUGUCGAUCCCAAGUCGUCAGGAAGCCGGCCCUUGGAUAUGGCUUUAUCCGGGCAACUUUCUGAAGAUACGUUGAGCCUAGUGAAAAUACUGCUGGAAAAAGGAGCUAGUACUCAGCACCGGAUGCCUUAUGCGGAUCCCUGCGACCCAAAGGCCUUGGGCCCUACACUGCUACACGCCCUGCUAGAGAGGAAACUACCGGAAAGUCAAGAAGAGAUCCGGAAAGACCUAAUAAGGCUACUUCUCGAGCACGACUGCGAUGCCAACGCAUUAUUCCACGGAUAUUCAGCGAUCGAUGCGGCCAUGGACCGACGAGUUGAUCUACUCAGUACAUUCAUUACCAGCCCUAAAGCUAAAUUGAAUGACCCAAUCAACGAAGCCAAUCAAACUGUACUGGUCAAGACGUUCGAUGUGGAAUAUUUUAAAGUUCUUGAUAGUUCUAUGAGACAAGAAAUACUAACAACCCUUAUACUGUACGGAGCUGAUCCGUUGAGAGAGUGUCAGGAUGGGGAUGAAAAAUAUGCGAACUUCUUCGUUUAUGCUGAAGCAAAUGCCGAGAAGUUUACAAAACAAAGUGCUCCCGCAUCUGAAAAACAGUCCACGAAGUCUAAAGGCAAGUCAACUAGAGCUAAAGCCAAGCCAAUAGCUCAGGAGAAGAGCAAGAAAGGGAAAGAUAUAAAGCCACGCAAAAGCACACAACACAUAGACUAUAGGGCAGAAUACAAACUUUCGGUUGCCCUGAUAGCCGACUGCCUCAGGGUGUUACAUGUGCGGUGGAUCGCAGCUAAUCUCUUGAAGAAAUUACUUGAGCUAGUAGCCAAACAUAAGAACCGUCCCUGGCACUUAAAAAUGAGGGAGCACAAACACAGAACACAAGUCCGCCUCUGGUUGAAGACGGAGCGAUGUCUGGACAUUUGGGACAUUCUGCGGACAUCAAAGAACAAUACUUACAGUGAUAAUGGUGUAUUCAGAGAUACGAUGUGCAUAGUGCAGUAUUAUCAUGUCCAAGGCCAAAAGAUAACUAUACAAGAGAAGGAAGCAAUAGAGUCCACAGUAUCUCGUCUCAUUAAAGAGCAUAACGCACUGAACAAAGUACCUAACGAAGCGGCAUUACAACAACAUUACGUUAAACCGGAAUUGUUUAGUAAGAACAAAAAGUUUAACGUAUGUUUCGAAUGCUACCUGCCACUGCCAGAGUCCAGAAUUCGAUGCGAACUUUGUUCCCUAGUGUUCUUCUGUAACUUAAACUGCCUUGAGGUUAAUUGCGGAAGACCUAACUGCCACCCUUGCAGUGAAUAUUUAAAACAAAAGUUAUUUCCCGAACAGGAGAUAAUUUGAACUAUGUCACCCUUGUAAAUAAAUAAGACAAUGAUGUCGAUUCUGAAGGCAGAAAUUCUAAAUUUAGAGCUGUCAGAACCUUAAUUUGUUUGUUUAAAAUUAGACUCUAUGAUUGUUUCCGUAAAUGUCAUUUUAUGC